AGAGAGAGAUAUUAGCACAGAGGAAGUUAACUUUAAGCUUUCUAACACGCAGCAGGAAACGCCCACUUCAGAAUAUGCAAAGUGAAAGUAUCUUGCUGUUUGUGAUCAGCGCAGCGUAGCUUUUCAGCUUUCGUUUUAAACAUGCCGACCAAACCUUUGAUUUGAGGUGAUAUACCAUAUUGGACAUGGAUCCUGGAAGUAUUGGAUCUUAUUGCGGGGUGAAAAAAUACAUAAUUGAAUUGCAUUAAUAGACGUUUGAAUUGGAGGAGACAAGAACACAGGCGAAAGCGAAAUAAAUUCCACUGCAGGUGGCGUCCAGUCAAAAGGACAAGGUUGCUAUGUUACCACCAGAAAUGAAGAACCAUUUCCUGAAAAGUAGUGGGACAAUUUUAAUCUUGUUUCUUAAAGUGUGCCUGACAUUAGCAGAAAAGCCAGUAGUUGUUGCAUCGAAACACCCAGUCGUCGUCUUUCCUGGUGAAAGUGUAACUUUACCCUGCAAUUUGUUUCCACAAGCAAGCGCUGUGGAUCUGGAAGUGCGGUGGUACCGACACAGAUACAAUAAAAUAGUACAUUUAUAUAGGUUUGGGAAGGAUGUCACGGAUACACAACUUAAAGACUACCAGGGCCGGACAGGGCUCUUUAAAGAGGAGCUGGCCAUUGGCAAUCUCUCUUUACAAAUAAAAAACACUGUGCUUUCUGAUAAUGGAGUGUACACCUGCUUUGCUGGAGAUGAACAGUGGGACGAACAAGCUGAAAUCGAACUUAUUGUUGCAGCUCUGGGGACCCAGCCCUCAAUCUCUAUGGACUCUACACAAGGAGAGCAGACCCGGCUGGUGUGCAGAUCAGAGGGGUGGAGCCCUGAACCUGAAGUGAUCUGGAGAGACAGGGAUGGAAACAAUGUGACAUCACUGUCCAGCCCAACAGUGCAGAGCGACAGUCAGGGGUUCCUCAGUGUCAGCAGCUACAUCAAAAUCAAACAGCAGUCAAACGUGUUCUCCUGUCUGGUUAGAAGUAAAACACCAAAACCAGACUGGGAAUCCAAACUCCACAUAUCCAGUGAUUUUUUCCCAGGAGUCUCUGGAUGGAUGGUGGCUUUCUUCUUGACUUUAGCUCUCAGUAUUGUAGCCAUUCCUCUGCUGGUGAUCCAAUGGAGGAGAAUGAAUGAGAUGGAGAAGAAGUAUGAACCUAAGGCUGUUCUGCAUCUCCAUAAGGAACUUGAUUCAAUGCACCAGGUCCUCAAAUCAGAAUGGAAGUGGAUCCGCGGCUCAGCAGUGGAUGUGACUCUGGACCCUGAUACAGCGAGCCGCUGGCUCAUCCUGUCUGAGGAAGGGAAACAAGUGAGACAUGGAGGCACACAACAGGCUCUCCCUGACAAUCCAAAGAGAUUUGAUCAGUACGCUGAUGUCCUGGGUAGGCAGGGCUUCACUUCAGGGAGACACUACUGGCAGGUGGAGGUGGGGGAGAAGACUGCGUGGGAGUUAGGAGUGGCCAGAGACUCCAUCAACAGGAAGGGGGAGAUUACAGCAAGCCCUAAAGAUGGACUCUGGAUUAUGUGGCUGAGGGAUGGAGAGUACAAGGCUCAUGCUGAUCCCUCUAUCACCCUUUCCCUGAGUGUGAAGCCCCGGAAGGUGGGGGUGUAUCUGGAUUAUGAGGAAGGGCAGCUCUCCUUUUACAAUGUGGAGACCAGAUCUCACAUCUACACUUUCACUGACACCUUCACUGAGAAGCUCUAUCCAUUCUUCAACCCUGGUAAUAAUAAAGAUGGUAAAAACGCAGCCCCACUGAUCAUCCUCCCUGUCAGUGAUAGAGAUUGAAUAAAGUGGUGUAUCUGUAUGACAGCCUACACCAGCACUGAUUAUCCUGUUCAUUGCAUUAUUACUUGCCCAUCUAUUUCUUUGUCUACCUGUAAUUGUUUUACCGAUUUGACUUGACAAAACUAUGGGAACAACCGUCACAUUUAACACACCCCUGUGACUGGAGCACAUGGGCUGUCCCUCACAUGCCUGAUUCAUUUAACACACCCCUGUGACUGGAGCACAUGGGCUGUCCCUCACAUGCCUGAUUCAUUUGUGUGGCACCAGCCGUCUCAUCACUGUGCUCAGCCUCAUCACAGUGCUCAGCAUCAUCACUGUGCCCAGCCUCAUCACUGCCCCCCUUGCAUUGCAAUGAACAUAUUUCAGUUGUGGUGUUGUUGUUGUUUUACAUUCAUCUUUUUUGUUUGAUUUUUACCUGAUAGUUCAUGCGAUGCAGGUCAGGUCACAUGUCCUAGAUUUCCUAGAUGCAAUGUAACAUGUAGUUCUGUGUGGUUUAGUUUGUGAAUAAUAUCAAGUUUUACAAUAGAUAGGAGGAGACCUGCACUGCACUGUAAAUACUGCUAACAGAAUGAAGAGAUGCAUUGAUUCAUUUAUGCUAACAUGACACUGGAUUGCAGUCACAACGACAUGUAGAUUUAGAUGCUUAUUUUUAGAUGGUUGAGUUUUUUUUUUAAAUGUAUAUUAAAGGGUUGCUUCACACCAUCUGAGAAUAACAUCAGUGAGCAAAAACUACAAUAGCGAAUGCUAGAGAUCAAACUAUGAUAUUAAACAGGUACGGAAUUAACCAUGUGGAUGAUGAGUGCCAGGAUCCCUUUACAAUAUGUAUCAAUGUUGCUUAUUUAGACGUUCAUGCAAGUAGGGUUCAGAUCUUUUAACUUUCUAUACCAGAGCCCUUGCUUUUAGAAAUGCGGACUUGGACAGAUUAAGCUGUUUUGGGUUAAUGCAGCUGAACCAGAUUAAGCUCCAGGUUUUUGUAAUCUCUGCUUCAUUAAUAAAUAUUUUAAUUUCUAAUGAAA